AUGCUCAAGGGUUUAACUAAAGAUCUUACGGGCACUGCCGACAUUUGUCACACAGCUAAAGACUUGAGCAAGCUCCAUGCUACUUCGUAUUUAUUACCUGGCGAAGAAAUUAUGUUUGCCUUUGAAUCUGGAAAAGAAGAAUUUGCCUUUACUAAUGAAGCUCUCAUUAUGACAUCAGGCGAGAGUGCCACCACUACCCGAAAGCUUGUACAACGUGCAUCAUAUCGAGAUUCGAUAAUUUCAAAUGUAUUGUUUGAAACUACUGGUCGCGUUGAUCGGGAUUGUGAAAUUAAGUUUCUAAUUGGUGAUAUUGACGUAUCGAUCGAUAUUGCUCGAAAGGAAGAAGAUUUUGUCAAGGGAUUCUAUGAAACGCUUUUACUUCUUUCUCGAGCACAAAAGAGUCGUGCACGCAGUUGGGAACAAGCUGAAAAAGGACUCGACAAAGCUGCUGACAGCUUCAAGAUCAGAGAUGGUCACAACCUCGUGUCACUUGCGUCCGACGUGGCUGCAUGGCUUGAUAAUGCCUAUAAUCAACGCAACUCACGCUGCUAUCGCGAAGUGAUAGCGACAGCAAUGGCGCAGGUGGUCGCUGAAGAUAAGAAUGUGAACACAUACCAUGUUGCAUGUAGUACAUCAACGUGGGGUCUAGGGAAGCAAGCAAAAGCAUGGAGGAAGAGGAAGCCUCAGAAAGAAGAGAUGCUGCCUGACGUGUACUUCGAGUUGGUGGAUAAAGCAACACGACUCCCCCUUCCAGAUACCUCCGUUGAUGCGGUGACUGAUUUACCUGAUCAUGCAAGCGUGAUUCGAUUCCGAGAUGCAGUGCUACGCAAGUGCCCGAACUCCCUUACGAAUGUUGAUGCAGCCAACCUGCGAGUCUACGCAAACCGAGCAGUGUAUGAUGACAAGGAUGGCAAGCCUUUGAAAGUAUCGGCUAAAGUGGAUGAUCUUGGAAAAGACGAAGAUCUUGCACUGAUCGUGGAAGUGCCGCAGCGAGAGAGUGGUGUGCCAAUUCACCGAUUCAUCCUCUUCCUAUCACCAGCAGCGUCGGGGAAGACGUCGUUAUUGUCGCUGUUUGCUCGCAGAUAUCCUGACCUGAAUUGUAUCCCCGUCUCGUUUCUUCGUUCGCAAGUAUCAGCGGUUGACCAGCUGCGAUCAUGCGGGAUCGAUAUCUAUGACAGUACAAUGAACCUCAGCUCACACCAGAAUCAUGUUGUUAUGAUCGAUGAUGCUCAAGCGAAGUACGAUGAUAAGGAUUUUUGGGCCACCUUGAUCAAGGUUGCUCCGUCGUGGUUACCAGACAAUGUUCGCUUUAUAAUCUGUGCGACGCAUGCGCUCGAAUGUGGAGUAGAGAGUCCAGUUGAGCUCCAAUCGCUUUUGAAAUUCGGCAGAAGUGAUUUCCUGCUAAGUGACGAGGAAGUACAAGAAUUCUUGGUACUGCCAUUGACCACCGGAUUGCCCGACAGGAUGAAGAAACAAAGCUUCAUUCAGCUGCUGAUUCGCGAGUGCAGUGGACUUAUCGGUGCGUUGCGGAUUACACCGACCAGUUGCGCCGCUGAUGAAGACAAUCGUUGCAUCGUGACUUUGAAGAAAGCUGGAAUUAUUGUCGAAGAUGUCGACCAGCUGGUGAGAUUUUCAUCUCCAUUGGCAGAGAAGUACUAUAGCAAGUGUCUUUUUCCGAAUCGUGCGCUUGCAAAUCCUUCGUCGCUGCGUGAACUGAUCACGAGAAUUGUUGGCAACAUGUCGGCAUCUGCGCUACGGCAGUCUGUGGUUGGCGAGACGAAUUUCCCCAAGGAAGCUAUUUUCCAGCAUCAAUUCAUGGAAGGCCUUGCGUUGAACACCCAUCGGACGUGCUUGAUUUGCCCAGAGUUAUCACGUGUAUUCCCUUCGUCGCCGGCCGAUAGUGAUCAGCCGUUGAGAAUCGAGGGAAAAAUUGACUUUUAUCUCAAUGGAAGUCUGCGGUGGGGGCUUGAGCUGCUGGUGAAUGGAGACAACAUCGGUGAGCACAUGGCGCGAUUCGCAUCAGAUGGAAAGUAUGCUGCACUUGCAGUGAACGAUUAUGCAGUCAUUGACCUUCGAGGCAACAAGACUGGGAAAGUCACAGGCGUCUCUUGCAUGGAAAAGCGGGCAAAUCACAUCCAAAUGACGUCCAAACGCGGUCCACAUGUUAUGAAUUUCAAUGGAUUACUUGCGCGUCUACGAAGCGGAAAAACGCAUGUAAAUCUGAAGACAAUGCUCGUCUCUCAUGCGUUCGUUGAUUUAUGGCACCUGAUUGAAGAUGAGAAGAGCUUCGACAAGCAUCUAUUCAGCCUUCUCGACGAGCUUGAGCAGAUGUCAUAUCAAUCUCGAGAAUUUGAUUCGGCGUACAAUGAGCAACUAGAUGGUGUUGUAAAACGCCUGAAGAUGCUACAAGGAGCUACGGCUAUUGGCGAUAAUAAUCCAGGCAUAAAAAAGGAAAUGAAGCAGCUUCUUGACAAGCUGUAUGAGAAGGGAGUUUUCUCAACGAACUAUUACACUCAGUUCAAGCGUCUGAUGAAGCUCUCCUAG